UUGUUCGUCCUUCUUAUUGCUAUCUUUGUUUGUUGCUUUAUAAGACGAAGACAAAGAAAGAAAGAUGGUAGGUUAAACCGACUGUGUCUGCUAUUUUACCUUAAUUGUCAUUUAUCGAAAUAGGAAAUAUCCCACUAACUCUAUAACGAAGAACAGCCCUUGAUUAGGUCUUCAGGUGGUUCAUGUGCCUUUUGCUUCUAGAUGACUGCCACUUUUACUUACACUGUAAAAAUGUCACAUGUUGUCAACAAGAUGUGUUCGCAACAGGCUUGUAGCAAGCUUCUCAACAACUUGUAACGAUGUUUUUAUCUUAUCAAGUUGCUACAAGGUUGUUACUCACAACUUGUUGACAAAUUGUUGAAUUGCAGAACGACAACUAGUUGUUGGAACACCUUGUAAAAAGUCUGUCGAGUUCAACAGUCUUGUAGCACGUUCUCACCAAGCUGGUAACAAGCAGUGCGAACACAUCCUCAUGAUAAGUUGUUGAAAGUUACUGUGUUGGUACAAGCUAAUCUGUUGCAGAUUUAGGAUACUUUUAGUAUGUCUACGUCAAUUGUUUCUCAAUAAUUGUUUCUUUCUCAUCCGAUAGAAAAGGAAACAAAACAGACAUUCAAUUUUCAAAGGUUUGUCAAUGAAAAUUAUAUUUGUUAUAUCAUGCUGUAACCAGUACAGGACAUUUAAUACAUUAACAUCGUUUUUGCAUUAAUGUUUCCCCACAUAAUAUAUAAUUGUCGAAAAUUUUUGACGGGUGCACAAUCGGCGACAGCACUACAAUUUCUAAAUCGUUUCUUUUUUUCUACAGAAAUACAUUCCCAAUGAGAUCAGUCGACGAUGGCGAGUCAUCCUAUGCUUCUCGCGGCUCUAAACCGAUCUAUGCUUAUUCAGUCGACUCGAGCAGUAUCCACAGUCAAACUAACCCGAAUAAUGCCUACGCUGUACCGGAAGGUAGCGACGGUUCCCCGUUGGUGCGCCUUCGGAACAACUCGCUAGCUCUCGGCUCUGACGCGAGCAGUUACGAUGUACCGUAUUCUUCAGUCGCUGAAAUCGGAGUCGACCCUACAACACCCCACUCGACUGGCGAGACCCCGCGCCAUUUUGCCAAUGCGCUGUUCACAGAGCGAGAACUCGAGGACACUAGGGGUGAAACAGAGUCCCUGGACUCGCAUGCGGUAUUUAAUCCCAUAUAUGAACCCAACUACCCCCAAGUAUCCCACCCUGAAAACGUGCAGGGGGGUGUGGAAGAUUUUCCAGACAUCGAAGGGCCGAUUGGUGUGCAUAGUUACGAAGUUCUCUUUCUGCCUCCACCUCCCCCGGAAUAUUCAGAUUUUGGCGACGAUACAGAUGAGCUACCGCAUGCAUAUACUAACGCUGUCACCGACUUUUAAUCAUUACGGUAGAAAUAUGUAAAGUAGUAUAUAGUGCAAAUCCAGCUGCGGGUAGAUAUCUUUAUGGUGGAGAAGGGGCAAAAAUAUGUUUCAGCCCCUCUAUACUUUCUAAUAAAGCCUGUGACAAAUUGCAAAGUUGUGACAAUCUUUUACAUACCAUUAUUUGCAGUAUUAUUUACAUGAACGUGUUUUAAACACGAACUACUAGUUAUAAGGCCUGUUUUAGACGUCGAAUUUCCGUAGAAUUAAUUUAAUGUUUCUGAAUUUUAUUCGACGGAACUUGAAAUCAACCUUUGGCUUUGUCAGUUACUCCCAACGAAAUAAACAGCAUUAAAUUUAAUCAACAAAUUUAAUUUGACGGAAAUUCAAAUGUUAAUGCUAAUAACUAUAAAUAUGUUCUAGUGUUCACUGCCAAUAGGCAAUUUAAAGUUAAUGUUAUUUGCAACGUCAAUAUUACGUCUAUACGCCGUAUAGGCGAGUCUACAUUCUAUAAAGUUUACUGUAAAAAUUAAGCUAACUAUAGAGUUCAAAUCAAAUGACAUUUAUUUCCGUAGGGUGACCUCUUCAGUGAUGUAUCACUGGUAUCAAUGAGGGCCCUACAUUGCCUCUUGGCAGUAUGAAUAUGUUUAAAUAUGUUUAAAUAUGCCUCAAUAUGUAUGUUUAAAUAUGCCUCAGUUUAUUAUGAGGCAAUUUGUAUAUAUAUAUGUAUAAGUUAAUCACCUGGCAAAAAGCCAUUUAAAUAAGUUAAUC